AUGUUAGGAUCCAGGUUUUUCAAAGACUAUAGUGAAAACUAUCUGACUCCUAGAGAGUUUCAGGACAAGGCUCGUAAGGAUAUUAAUAAGCAUGUUCAACAAAUAAGAGAACGAGGUGGAUUUGAGACGGCACCCAGAAGGAAGAUACCGGGGCUUAAGAGGGGUCCAGUUCGUCCAUAUACGGGGACGGGUUCAACGGGUCCAGUGGGUCCAGUGGGUCCUACGGGUCUAAUAGGUCCAACGGGUCCAAUGGGUUCGAUGGGUCCAAUGGAUCCAACGCCGACGAAUAGCAUAGGCUCGAGCUCGAACUCGAACUCGUUGACUAUGCCAUAUGGAAGUUCCCCCCUACGGAAAGCUGUGUCUAUCGAUUCGUCAGACGCUUCUUCAAUCGACUCGUCGUCGUCGCAGGGUACGGCGCCUUCGGUUUACGCGAAUGUGGCGCGCGAGUGCGCCGGGGCCAGUGGAUCGGUGGGCGCAGUGACCGGGCCGCUCACUCUUGCAGAAUCCCUCCCCAAAGACUUCUCGGAUUAUUAUGCACAGGACUUCGACGUGGAGCGCUUUUCCAAUGGUCGUCCUGUGUUCACGCGUCGAAAUUUGAAGUCGUGGGAGCUAAAUGAUAUUCGCUCGUUGCUUAUUUAUCCGGAAAUGAAACCAGAAUGGUUCGGUAAGAUACCACAGGUGGCAUCACCAUAUCCGAACUUGUCUUUUAAACUCCAGGUUAUUCCGUUACAGUGUACGGAUGAAGAAUUUGUACAGUACCUCUCGGAGUCCGAGAUUUACCGCGAAAGUAAGUUUGACGUACAAUUUAGAGUCACCACGGCACAGUACAUCGUGGAGAAGGCCCGGGUACGUCCCCGGUCGAUCCUUGAGACGAACUUUGGAGUGCCUCAGGAGGCAUUUGAUUCGCGGACAAACCUUGUUGGAGAAGUUCAGUAUGACGCUUACUUCAAAUUCGAGUGGAGAAACGUUAUUGAGAACUAUAUGCUCAACUUGGGUAUUGAAAACCAGUGUCGGUUGGAGUUUAAGGAGCAGACCAAUAAGUUCAAGCGGUUAAAUAAGCACAAAGUGCAGUAUGCCGGAUCAGAGGAUCUCUAUAAGAAGGUUUUGGUUCAUAAUAAGGCCACGUUAAACGAUGAGACCAAGACUAAAAUAUGGCAUGAUGUUCAAAAGAGUGUAUAUAGUCGAUUAGGAAUGGUUUAG